AUGGGAAGACCACAGACUGCUACCCUGCCGAUUAUCCCUCUCGCCAGAGGCACCGUCCUCCUGCCCGGCCUCGUACAGCGGAUCCCCGUCAGCUCCAGCCGCCCAGACAUCCCCGCCCUCCUCGCCCACGUAUACGAACGAGCCGCCGCCAAGGGCCCCGACGGCCGCAUCGACGGCGUCCCCAUUGCCUGCGUCCCCGUCUCCUCUCCCCUCGUCGGUCCGACCGGCCAACUACUCAUCAACAAUGGCGAAGAGGUAGAUGGCUCGCAGGUCGACGAGGUCAACCCCGGCACGGCCAACAAGGAUGACAUCUUUGGCUUUGGCGUGGCCGCCAAGAUUAUCGGCAUCGACGGCCGCGGCGGCGGCGAGUUUGCGCUGCGGGUCGAGGCGACGGCCCGCGUCCGCGUCGACCACAUCCUGCGAGAGCGUCCCUUUUUCGAGGGCAAGGUGACAUACUUUAGCGAUGCCAUCGAUAUCGGCGACAAGCAGCUCCAGGACCUGUUCGGCCUGCUUAAGUUGCGGUCUCGGGAACUCGUCACGAUUCUUCGCAUCUCGUCCCUGCUGCCGCGGACAAAGGGCGGGCCCAUGCUGUCGCCAGCCAUCACGAAACGACUUGAAAUGCUCAUCAUGAGGAGAGAGAUCAAGGAGGCCGGACUCCUCGCGGAUUUCAUGGCCAAUCUGGUCGAGACGACCCAUGAGGAGAAGCUCGGCGUCUUGGCCGCCCUCGAUGUCAAAGUGAGAAUAACAAAGGUGGUGGAGCUGCUCGAGCGGCAGGUCGGGGGCAUCAAGAACAACUUCAAGAUCACGACCUUUACAUCCGUGCCGGUGCAGAUUCUUGACCGCCUGAACGAUGGUCAGUCCAAGAAGCCAAACUCGAUACUGCAGGUGCCCGGCAUGACGUUCAUGCCCGGCAAUGGCCAAAUGCCUCCUGGCCAGGAUCAAAACGACGAUCAGGAGGCCAAUGAGCUCGACGAACUCAAGAAGAAGCUUCAAGCCGCUCGUCUCCCUCCCGACGUCGCCAAGUCUGUCGACAGAGAGUUGCGACGACUCCAGAAGAUGAUGCCCAUGAACCAGGAGUAUCAGGUCACCAGGAACUGGCUCGAGACCUUGUCCGAGAUCCCGUGGUCCGCCACGACGGACGACAGAUUGGGGCCUGACACCUUGACUCGGGCUCGCAAGCAACUCGACGACGACCAUUACGGCUUGGACAAGGUCAAGAAGAGACUGAUAGAGUACCUCGCCGUGCUUCGGCUGAAGCAGUCCAUCAACGAUGAAGUCGAUGAUAAGAUCCGCAAAGCUGAAGCAGACGUCGCUGCCCCGGACGCAGAGGAUGCAGCGUCCAGCUCUCUGGACACUGCGGCCCCAGCCGAUGCAUCUGAUCCUCACAACACCAAGCUGGAACUGCUCAAAUCCCAGCGGAUGGUCGACAAGUCGCCGAUCAUGCUGCUUGUCGGCCCGCCCGGUGUGGGCAAGACGAGCCUUGCCAAGUCGGUGGCCACUGCCUUGGGCCGCAAGUUCCAUCGGAUCUCCCUCGGCGGCGUGAGGGAUGAGGCCGAGAUUCGCGGCCACCGAAGGACAUAUGUUGCAGCCAUGCCCGGCCUCAUCGUUCAGGGUCUGCGCAAGGUUGGCGUCGCGAACCCCGUCUUCUUGCUGGACGAGAUCGACAAGAUUGGCUCUGCGAGUGUGCAUGGCGACCCUUCCGCCGCCAUGCUCGAAGUGCUCGACCCAGAGCAGAACCACACCUUCCACGACCACUACGUGGGCAUGCCCAUUGACCUGUCCAAGAUCCUCUUCAUCGCCACCGCCAACAGCCUCGACACCAUCCCCGCCCCUCUGCUGGAUCGAAUGGAGAUGAUCUACCUGCCCGGCUACACAACGCUUGAGAAGCGCCACAUCGCCAUGCAGCACCUGGUCCCGAAACAAGUCCGCGUCAACGGAUUAGCCGAGGAUCAGGUGGGUUUUGACCAGGACGUCGUUUCCAAGAUCAUCGAGUCGUACACUCGUGAGUCAGGGGUUCGCAACCUGGAACGUGAGAUUGGCUCCGUCUGUCGUGCCAAGGCGGUCGAGUUCGCCGAGGCCAGGGACGCCGGUCGCCUAGAGAUGUACCGCUCGCGUCUCACCGUCGAGGACGUGGAGAACAUAUUGGGCAUCGAGAAGUUUGAGGAGGAGAUUGCCGAGAAGACGAGCAGGCCAGGCAUAGUGACAGGUCUCGUGGCGUACAGCUCGGGCGGCAACGGGAGCAUCCUAUUCAUCGAGGUCGCGGACAUGCCCGGCAACGGCAGGGUGCAGCUGACGGGCAAGCUGGGCGACGUGCUCAAGGAAAGCGUCGAGGUGGCCCUGACAUGGGUCAAGGCGCACUCUUUCGAGCUGGGCCUGACCGCGGAGCCAACCAUCGACAUCAUGAAGGACCGCAGCAUUCACGUGCACUGCCCGUCGGGCGCCAUCCCCAAGGACGGCCCCAGCAGCGGAAUCGGACAGGCCAUCGCCCUCAUCUCCUUGUUCUCUGGCAAACCUGUCCCUCCUACAAUGGCCAUGACGGGUGAGAUAUCUCUCCGCGGCCGAGUCACUGCCGUCGGGGGCAUCAAGGAGAAACUCAUCGGCGCGCUACGGGCCGGCGUCAAGACGGUAUUACUACCCGCGCAGAACAGGAAGGACGUCAAGGACCUACCGCAGGAGGUCAAGGACGGCCUCCAGAUCUUCCAUGUCAGUCAUAUCUGGGAAGCGAUUCGGCUGGUCUGGCCCGACUCUCAUUGGGCCGCCGACAGCAACUUUGCUGGUAUCGAGAGCCGUCUAUGA